CAAUAGCAAAUAUUAUAAAAAAUUGAAAGGGUGUCGGAAUUUAAGAAUAAAAGACAGUCAUUUGUAAUAACACUGAAAUUUAGUUAGUAGUACCUCAACAACCCUAAUAUAUAUAAUUUACUAGAUAACCCUGCUUAGUUUCAAGCAUUAAUUGUAACAAUCAAAUUUAAACACAUGUUCAAUUAAAGCUCGGCAAGGAUCAAUUACUUAUGGCCUUAAUAAUGUUGUCUGAACUGUUAUGAUAAUUGUUUUAAUCAUUCUUUGUAUUAGUGUUAGCGCUUUUGUUAUUUAGAUGUAGAUGGAUGAUUGCAGAGGUGUGGUUCAUUUAUGUCCAGUUUGCUAGGCUGAAGUGGGGAGGAAAAUUCAUCUUUGAAUGAUUUAC